UUCAUCCUCUGCGCUCAGUCUGAUGGCUCUGCGUCCCACUGAAAUGUCUAAACAUUAAGGGAAAAUAAUAUUUUUAUUUUUAAAAAAAAAACUUAUUCCUGCAUAUCAGGAAAAAAACCUUUUUGUUUUGGACUUAUUAAAUUUUGAGCACUGAUGGGACACAAGAGAGCAAAGCUGCAGAAGUUAAAGUCGGCGGUGCGACCUGAGGAGCAGCGCGUUGUCAGAGGCUGCGGGGAAAGUUGUGCGUUUCUCUUUCUGAGGCUUUUUUCACUAAAAUAAAUAAUGUCAUCUCUGCAGGGAGUUUCUGCUGUGGCUCUUUUUCACUGCAUGUUGACAGCUGCUGCACUGAUAGACUCCGAUGACGUCAUCACACGAGACGAGCAGAUCUUUGUUCUGAUUGGUGCACACGCCCGGUGUGAGAGGAGCAUCCGCGCACAAAUGGCCCUCAUCAAAGACGGGGACUGUUCUCCGGAGUGGGAUGGGAUUAUCUGCUGGCCCCGGAGCCGAGCGGGCCAGCUGGUCUCAGUGCAGUGCCCAGCAUACAUCUAUGACUUCAACCACAGAGGGCGAGCUUACCGCCAGUGUGAUGUGUCAGGGAACUGGGAGCUGGUGCCCAGUAACAACCGCACAUGGGCAAACUACACGGAGUGCACCCGAUACCUGACCUCCAACCACAGAAACCUGGAGGAGAAAGUGUUUCAGCGCCUCCAUCUCAUGUACACUAUCGGCUACUCCAUUUCUCUGGCGUCUUUGUUGGUGGCGAUCUCCAUCCUUUGCUAUUUCAAGCGCCUCCACUGCACACGCAAUUACAUUCACAUUCACCUCUUCACCUCCUUCAUCUGUCGAGCUGUUAGCAUCUUUGUGAAGGACGCUGUGCUCUACUCCAUAUCUGACGCCAGCAGAGCUGAGUCUGAGUUCACAACUGUGAAACAGCCCAUGGCUGGGUGUAAAGCUGCGGUUACGCUCUUCCUGUACUUCCUGGCAACCAAUCACUACUGGAUUCUGGUGGAGGGAUUGUACCUCCACAGCCUUAUCUUCAUGGCGUUCCUGUCUGACAAGAACUACUUAUGGGCUCUGACCAUCAUGGGCUGGGGUGUUCCGGCUGUGUUUGUGUCCAUUUGGGUCAGCGCUCGAGCUUCGCUGGCAGAUACUCAAUGUUGGGACAUCAGCGCCGGAAACCUGAAGUGGAUCUACCAAGUUCCCAUUCUGGCAGCCAUUGUUGUGAAUUUCCUCCUUUUCCUAAACAUAAUCCGUGUUCUGGCCUCUAAACUGUGGGAAACCAACACCGGAAAACUGGAUCCUCGACAGCAGUACAGGAAGCUCCUGAAGUCCACCCUGGUCCUGAUGCCUCUGUUCGGAGUCCACUACAUAGUUUUUAUGGCCCUCCCCUACACGGAGGUGACUGGGCUGCUGUGGCAGGUGCAGAUGCAUUAUGAGAUGUUCUUCAACUCUUCUCAGGGUUUUUUUGUGGCGUUCAUCUACUGCUUCUGCAAUGGCGAGGUGCAGGCAGAGGUAAAAAAGGCCUGGUUAAGACGCAGCUUGGUGCUGGACCUCAAGCAGAAAGCCAGGAUGACGAGCAGCGGCGGCGGGAGCUGCUACUACGGCGGCAUGAUGUCCCACGCCACCACCCACAGCGUCUGCAUGUCCGCCAUUCAUCCCAGGGCUUUCUCCUUCACCGCGGGGUCAGGAGGGGCCGCUGGGGGGUCAGGGGUCAGGCCGCCACGUCACUCUGCCCCGUCGUCGCUCCACCACAACCACAGCAGCGUGUGUGUGUUCGUUCCCAGCACCGCUGAGACCUCAGGCUCCCAGCAGGACGCGGCGGUGUGGAAACCAGGGAGGGCCGAGUCCAGAGCCAACAAAGAGAAUGAUAACAGCAGCAGCAACGCAGCAGCAGAUCCAGACUGCUCCGUACCUGUGAAAGAGCUAGAAACCAUUUUAUAACCUUCACUGAUCGUUGUUGGCAGGACACAGUGGUUUUGAAACUGGAUCCUUUCUGCGUCGUCGUCAUGGUUAUAUGGAGGGAUUCACUAUCUGUCUUAGAAAUUGAUGGUUUCUCCUUUUAUUCUGACAAGAAAAAGACAGAAUACAUCCCCGUUAUGGGCUGCCCACUCUAAUAACUACACAAAACAAAAGUAUAUAGACCCGCUGCAGCGCAAGAUCCCACCGCCAUCAUUCUGCUGGAGGACAGAAAGCUGCUGGCUGACCUUGACCAGCAUUGGUUUUAGCUGUUAGACUAUCAAUAUAACACACUAAAUCUUAAGAAGGGAGUAGUUCAGUUAUUCUUGUUUGACUUUGACAACCUUAAUAUAUAGAUGUGAUGUAUUUUUACUAAAUAAAAAACAAAAACGGCCUACACUAGCCAACCCCCCGCUGUGUUAGCUUAGCUAAUAGCAGCGAUAGCUAAUCUACCACAGCGAUCACUUAUUAAUGAUCACAAAGCAAACCUCAAACUUGAAAACAUGGUAAUGUAACGGACUGAAUGUUCUGUUGUUUGUAUGGGAAAUGUUUGCGUGUUUUUUCGGAGUUGAAUCCUGAAACUGGUCAGUUUCUAUGGCAACGUAGCGCAGCCGACACAGAGAGUGAGAAAAAAAGAAAAAUAGGAGAAGUUUUGAGUUGUUCUUCAGUGGUUUUUCUGCGUUAUUUUCCCCUCUUCUGCGGCUCACUGCCCUGAAUUACAAAUACCUACAUCUCAAGGUUUCACUUUGUUUACGGGACUGUUCUACCGCGGCUGCGCGACUAGGGAUGACGUGUAUAAGAAUCGCCUUUAUUGCCCUCCAGCGUUGUGCGCAUGCGCGAAAUUUCCGGAUCUAAACAAUAACUUGCGAGGGUCUAUAGCAAAACUAAAGUCAAUUCCUGCGACUUUAUAAUCGCAAGUUCGCUUAAAUAUUGACAUUACAGUAUGGAUAUAUAUUACAAUGGUGAUGAUAACAAAAAUGCACUUAGAUAAGUCUAGAAAUAAACUUACAUGAAACAUAAAGGGGUGCAAACAAUUGAACAAAUCCACAGAAAUAAGGAGGGGCUCCUGAUCUUACAGUCACACAUUUAUAACAGUCAUAAUGGUUUGUAAAGUGUUUACAGUGAGGUAUAGGAACAAUCCGAAUAACUAAAGACAUUUUGUGUAAUGAUAACAGAAGUACAACCCAUUUACACCUUCCAAAAGUAUUCAUACCGUUUGGACCAGCUCUCACUUUCUUCCUGAUCUGAUCCAUGGAUUGUACUUCAGCACUAAAUUAAAGAGUAGGGUGUGAAUACUUUUGUAAGGCUGUGUGUUUGGUUAACAAUUUCAAGUUUGUGUUUCACUGCACUGCAAAAACGCAAAAUUUUACAAAGUAAUUUUGGUCUAGUUUCUAGUGCAAAUACCUUAGUACACCUUAUAUAAAGUUAUAAGUAACUUUUCAGCAAGAUGUAGGAGCUUGUUUUAAGUCAAAAAUUCUUAUUUAUGGAUUAAAAAGUUCUAUUUCCUCUAGCAAAUUAUUUCACUAAUAUCAU